AUGACUGCUGAAAUUACGUUCCAAGAUUUACCAGAGGCUGUCAUCCUAAACAUUUUCGCUUUUGUGGCCGGAGAGCGUAUAUAUAAUUUGUUUAGACUUCGAGUUGUGUGCAAGAAAUGGUCUCGUUUGUCAACAGAUUCAAGUUUAUGGAGGAAGUUGUAUUUUCCAAACUGCGAAGGACUCUGUUAUAAGGCCUUGGAUCACGUCUUGUCCUGGUGUGGCAACGUUAAAGAAGUUAUUCUUUCGAACUGUAACCAAGUGGAUGAUGCAUGUGUGGAAAGUAUUGCCAAAAAGUGUGGCAAUUUAGAAAUUCUUGAUCUAAAAGGCUGUCGAUUGCUGUCUGACCACGGGUUGAAAGUGAUUUCAACGAAUUGCAGACUCCUUCGUGACUUAAAAAUCGUGGCACAUAAAACAAGUAUAACGUGUAACAUUCUAAAGGAUUUGAUCACAUCUUGUAAAUCACUCCAGGAGUUGACAGUUAUUUGUGAGAAGGAAGAGGAUUCAGACGAAUCUAAUUUUUUCUUAACGAAUCAGUUCUUCAAGGCAGCGAAAGAGAGUGACAGUUUGAAAAGAAUCUACUUCCACGGCGCAGGAAUUUUUGACGAGGAACAUCUGACUUCUGAUUUAAAUAUGUUCAAUUUGCUCAGCAUAGGCCUGCUAGGUUGUAUUGAACUUAACAGCAAUGUACUAUGGGAAUUGGUUUGUACUUCUCCUAAGUUACAAUCUCUCGAUGUUUCCUUCUGUCCUAGUAUCAAUGAUGCAGGUAUUGCAGUUGUUGCACAGGUUUGCCCAAACCUAUUGCAGCUUAUAGCAGAAGGAUGUCCUGGUGUAACGGAUGUGUCAAUCGAAACUGUUGCAGAACAUUGUAAAAAACUUCAGUGGUUGAAUGUGUGUGGCUGUGAACUGCCAAGGCCUGCAGGAAACAUUACUGAUGUAGCAGUACAAAGAAUUGCUGAAAACUGCCCUGAUUUAUACCAGUUAAAUGUCAAAUGGUGUCAGGGGGUUACAGACAUUGGAAUUGCUGCCAUUACAACAAAUUGCAAGAAGUUGUGUGGUCUCAACAUUUACGGUUGUUUAGGAAUUUCUGAUGUUUCACUAAAACUUUUAGCAACCUUCUGUAAAGGUUUAACAAGCUUAGAGAUAUCUGAAUGUUUGCGUGCAACAGAUGGCAGUAUAAAUGAUAUUCUGCAGAACUGCAACCAACUUGAAUGGCUUGAUAUGCAGGUAUGUUCAUAUGUUUCUGACCUGGAUUUUAAAUCAGUUAAAGGCUCAUUAACUCUCCUUCAUCAUGUGGACCUCUCCUAUUGCACCAAGCUCACUGACAGAACUUUAAAACAACUGGCUAAGAAUUGCCCAAGGUUAAAAUACCUUUGUGUCGCUGGGUGCCAUAGAAUCACAGACACUGGCAUCAUCAGUAUUGCUCAUGGUUGCAACAAGUUGCAAUAUCUUGAUGUGUCUUUUAGAGGGUCACAAUCUUGUGCUCAAAUCACAAGUAACUCGGUAUUUUCUCUUGCCGCAAAUUGUCCAAAUCUGACCUACUUGGAUGCUAUUGGCUGUUUUGGUGUAAGUGAAGCUUCCAUCUCCUCACUUGUGAAGAGUUGCAGAUAUUUAAAACAAAUCAAUUUCAGUCAGUUUACAGAAAAGACAGAUUCUCAACUUUUGUUAAGGGUAACUGAAUUUAUUUCACAGGUUCGCAGUUCUUGUAGUUAUGAGGAAAUGAUUUCUCCUCCAAGAGGGAGAAAGUUAGUACAGAAGAACUUUCUGAUAAAAAUGUCUGCUCCAAAUUUGUAA